AUGCACGACUCUCCCAACGGAAAACCCUACUUUCGCCCUUCUGCCCACGCCCAAGGCCUGGCAAACUACCCUCACGCACGCAUCGUCCCCUCCGCCAACGCCCACACCAUCUACGUCUCCGGAACCUCCUCCCGCCGCGGCGACGGAACUUUUGCUGGCGCCGACUAUAAAAAGGAUGAGUCUGGGAGCACUUCACUGCAGCUGGACAUUCGGCAGCAAACCGAGGCCGUCCUGUCAAACAUGAGCGAAAUCAUCAAGGGCGCCACAGACGGCAAAGCAGAUAUGAACAAUGUCGUCGAGGUCAGUGUUUUCUUGGUAAACAUGGAAAGGGACUACAAGGGCAUGAAUGACGAGUGGAACCGCGUCUGGCCGGAUCGUGCGCUGGCGCCGGCCAGGACAACGGUGGAAGUGAGAGCUCUGCCCCGGCCCGAGAUACUGGUGGAGAUGAAGUGUGUUGCUCACCUGGCAACAGACUGA